UCGCUUCCUCCCAAGUCCCAACAAGGGCAAACAGAGCACCCACGCCGCCGCGGCGAUCCCACCACAGCCUCCCUCCCGCAGAUCGAGCGGCGCGUCGCGGCGCGGCGGCCGACGGCCGGAAGGAGAUGAGGAAGCGCGAGAGGGAGAACCCGUGCGGGGUCUGCGGGCACUACCACAAGUGCGAGGAAGGGGAGAUAUGCGGGGUCUGCGGCCACAGGCCCGCCGCGGCGGACGCGGUGGCCCCGGCGAGGGUCGACUCCGCCUUCCCCUCCGAGGUGCUCAAGGGCUUCCUCUUCCUCGGCAGCUACGACAACGCCUCCCGCUCCGAGGUCCUCAGGACGCUCAACAUCACUCACAUCCUCAACACUGUGCCGGAUUGCCAUAAUCUUUACCGGAAUUCAUUCACUUAUCACUGCCUCCAAGAUGAUAAAACAUUGGAUUUUGAUGGUGCUACUCAGUAUCUAGAGCAAUGUGAAAGAGAGCAAUCACGUGUUCUUGUCCAUUGCAUGUCUGGGAAAAACAGGUCAGCUGCUGUGGUAACAGCCUUCUUGAUGAAGUCUAGAGGGUGGAGACUUGCACCGUCUCUCCAGUGGGUAAAAGAUCGACGGCCACAGGUCCAAAUAACAGAAGCUUCUCAGUGUCAGCUUGUUGAGUAUGAACAGAAGCUCUUUGGACCCAGCGCUGGCUCGCCAGCUCAGACCACGGUUCUAACCGAGUCAUUUCCUUCACUUGGAUUUGGUUUCCCACAACCAUCAGGUGACAUCCAAGUGCCUGCGUUCAACCAGACUCCUGUGCCAUCCAUUUUUGAGCGGGCCGGCCCAAACAAUGUUCCCAGUAACUUCACCUUUGGAGCCGAGGGUUCAAUGGGAGCCGGAGUCGGCCCUGCCGCAGGGAUCAAUAAUGGCGCAGUCACCCCAGCUUCGACGGAUAACCAGAUGGACAGCUCUUAAGAUGGCUUUAACAUGUCGCAUAUCACUUGGGACAGAUGCAUGUUAGUCUUAGGCCUAUCAAAUGUGUCACUGCAUGUUUAGCUUUCACUUGGAACGGAUGCAUGUUACUCGUAGGUCUAUCGAAUAGUAUGUCAUUGGAUGUUUAGCUUUCAACAGAUUGAGAAAUGGUCCCGGAAAACAUUUGGGGUUAUAUCUUACUUAUAUGGCAGUACACUUGGCACUUGGCAGUUCA